AUGGCCGAACUUAAGUUAGUAUUUGCUUGUGUUUUACUUGCAUUGUUUCUGUUCCAACGUAUUCAAUCUAGUGAAGGAAGGAACUUAGGAAGAACUGACUCCCCCAAGCUCAGUACAUUUAGCAGUGCAAUUGUCAAAAGAGGAAUGCAAAAGAUUGCAGACCAGAAAAGCAAUCUGCAUGGUGAGAGCACAAAGGAACUAGCAUAUAUGAAAGAGUCCGUACCUGCAGCUCCAAUGUCAGCUGUGGCACCAAGCCAAGUUUCAGAAGAAUCUCGACCACCACCUCCAGCUCAUGUUGACAACUUCAGGCCCACAAAUCCAGGUCACAGCCCUGGUAUAGGCCAUUCUGUUAAGAACUAG